UUCCUCCUCCUCCUCAUCUUCCUCCUCUACUUUUCAGCUCAACAGGAAGUCUCUCCAGCACAAGGCUGAAACUAGAAGAAGACGGACAGAUCUUCAGUCUGAAAGCGGCUGCAGAAACUCUGACCUGUGUCUCCAUGAUGAGACGCCCUCAGCGCUGCAGAGAAGGUGAAAACCCAAGCAGAACCUGCAAGCUGCCAGCAGGGGGAGUAGUUCUGCUGGUUCUGGUCGGUCUGCUGGCUGCUGCUGUCAUCGUCAUCUACAGACUCUCUGUUGCUGUUUUGAUGACCAAUCAAACCGUCCAAACCCUGAAAGAGGAAAAUGAAGCUCUGAAGAGAAAUCAAUCAGAGUUUGAUAAGAUUCACACCAAUCAGAUUCUCCAAAGCCUGAAACAGGAGAAUGAAGCUCUGAGGAGAAAUCUGUCAGCUCCACCUCCUUCAACAUGUCAACCAGCUCCUGCGUUUAAUCCAACUGCAGUAAAUAUGAAAUCCUCGUGUCUGAAGUGUGAACCAGGCUGGGAGCUGAACCAAAACAACUGUUAUUAUUUUAACACCAUGAGAUCCUCCUGGAAUGACAGCAGACGUUCCUGCGCUGAUCUGGGAUCAGACCUGGUGAAGAUCCACAGCAGAGAGGAGCAGGCUUUUCUGGUGAGAAAAGUAACCAACAUGAUGGAGUACAAUAAUGACAUGUUCUGGAUCGGACUGACGGACUCAGAAGUUGAAGGCAGAUGGUCGUGGAUUGAUGGAUCACCUCUGGAUGAAAGUUUAAACUUUUGGAGUUACACACCUGAUGACUGGAAAGGUUCUCGUCAACAACAUCCAGAGGGAGAAGACUGCGCAACAAUGGGGACAAAAUUAGAACCUGAAAAACAGAAAUGUUGGGCUGAUGUUUUCUGUUUUCUUUCUCAAAAAAGUAUCUGUGAGAAAUCUCCAGAAACUGGACAAACAUUUUGUGUGUGAGGUUCAGUCCAGGCUGCAAAACAACCAGAGUGAAACAUUUGAGACACACGUGUCAAACUCAAGGCCCUCGGGCCAAAUCCGGCCCACCAGAAGUUUUUAUGUUGCCCUUUAGACUCUAAAAAUAGAAUCUUCAAGACUACGGUUGUGUUUUUAAAUAUUAUUUCAUUAGUCAAAUCAACAGUUUUAUCUCUAUUGUACCAAAUGAAAUAAAGGUGAAAAGGUGUUUAAUAUUAUUUACUUUCAGGAAGUUCCCAUUGAACUCAGAGAUAGCUCUUUAUUAAUAUUUUAACAGUUUGUUAAUAGGUAAUUUAAUCAACACAUUCGGCCACAACUGACCCUUUAAAGGCCUUUUAACUUUGAUUGUGGCCCAAAAUGAAACUGAGUUUGACACUCCAGAUCU